AUGCCAUCAUAUGCAAAGUUUAUGCAAGAAUUACUCUCCAGAAAAACAAAGCUAGAGCAUGAUAAGACAGUGCCAUUGACAGAGAAAUGCAGUGCCAUUCUAAAAAGGAAGCUUCCUCAAAAACUCAAAGAUCCAGGAUCUUUUAGCAUACCUUGUAAGAUAAGACAUUGUACUGUGGGAAGAGCAUUGUGUGAUUUGGGAGCCAGUAUUAACCUAAUGCCAUUAGCUAUCAUGAAGAAAUUAGGAAUAGAAGAAGUGAAACCCACCAAUAUCACACUACAACUAGCUGACAGAUCCUAUACUUAUCCUUAUAGAGUUGUAGAAGAUUUAUUGGUUAAAGUUGAUAAAUUCAUUUUUCCUAUAGAUUUUUUCAUUCUAGACAUGGAGGUGGAUACAAAUAUACCUUUGAUCCUAGUUGAAGAUAAUACAUGCAUGAGACUAGACAUAUUGGAUUCUCUUAUUACACAUUAUCCUAUUGAUGAAAAUUCUGUGUUGAGAGAAACCAUAGCUGCAGGGAGUACCAAAUCUGUGAUUCAUAGAGAAGAACAUAUUAUGGAAAUUGAGCAACAAUUGGAAGCUCUACCAAUUCUAACCCUUGCAGAAAACUCAGUCAAAAAAGAGCUGAAAAAGGAAGUAAAAGAAGAACAAAUUCAGAAGUUAGAGCUCAAACAACUACCUUCUCACUUGAGAUAUGCUUUCUUGGAUCAGAAUCACGAAGAUCCAGUCAUUGUCAACAAUGAACUCAAAGAGAAAGAAGAGGAAAAGUUGCUAAGAAUUCUGAGGGAACAUAAAUCAGCAAUAGGCUAG